GUCGAUUUGCCGCCGUCCUCACGGAAGGUGAUACGCCAAGGAAGGCAUUUGGACUGGAAAAAGUUCCACUUUGCUGCUUCUGCAAAGGCUUUUGGACAUGGCAGUAUUGACCCACGUGAUGGAAACACCACUGAAAAUAUGCACCAGACUUUCAUUAGAACCCUGCAAGAGUUUAAUUCAACCCAAGACAAGAAUCUAUCUCAGCGGGAAACCCAGAGAGCACUUAUUCUAAAUGCUCUCGAAAACUUCAAGGAGUUUGAUAAAAUCUUCCCAGCCCUUGUUGCAGGCGUGCCUAUCCAUGUGUUCAAGAGUGCCCACAAUGCACGGGAGAAGCUGGCAGAGGCUCUGCUCCAUGAGAACCUCAGAAAAAGGAACAACAUCUCUGAGCUCGUCACUCUCCGUAUGUUCUUAAAUGAUACUCUGUCGACUUUUGAUGAUAAGGAAAAAGCAAAAACCCACCUGGCUGUACUAUGGGCUUCACAAGCUAACACAAUACCUGCUACUUUCUGGAGUUUGUUCUAUCUUAUUAGGAGCCCAGAGGCAAUGAAAGCAGCUACUGAAGAGGUGCAAAAAACACUGGAAAAUGCUGGUGAAAAGAUCGAUUUAGAUGGCAAAUGUAUCUCCUUGAAUCGAAAACAACUGGAUAAUAUGCCAGUAUUAGAUAGUAUUAUCAAGGAAGCAAUGAGGUUGUCCAGUGCAUCCAUGACUGUCAGAGUUGCUAAGGAGGAUUUCACUUUGCACUUGGAUAACGACUCCUACAACAUCCGCAAAGAUGACAUUGUAGCUCUUUAUCCUCAGCUGCUGCACUUUGAUCCAGACAUCUAUGCUGAUCCCUUGACAUUCAAGUAUGAUCGUUAUCUCGAUGAGAAUGGAGAAGAAAAGACUAUCUUCUAUCGCAACGGUCACAAGUUAAGAUAUUAUUACAUGCCAUUUGGAUCAGGAAUAGCAAAAUGUCCUGGAAGAUUAUUUGCUGUCCAUGAAAUCAAACAGUUUUUGACUUUGGUACUUUCAUACUUUGAAAUUGAGCUUCUUGACAGCAAUAUGCCAUGUCCUUCUUUAGACCAAUCCCGAGCAGGGCUGGGUAUUUUACAACCAACUAAUGACAUUCAUUUCAAGUACAGAUUAAAAUGUCUGUGAAUAUAUAAAACAUUUUACCUAUAGGGGAAAAAAAUCAGUAUUCAGAUUAUCAUUGAUCUAAAAACCCCAAACAGAUUACACCAUAAUGCUAAUGCAAUGUGAACAUCACACAGUGCUGGUAGGGAUUACAGAAAUGGUUGUUUUUCCUUUCACCAGGGUUAUCAUAGGCAAACUGAGAUUUUUGUAUUGGGGAAUCAGGCAUACAUUUUCUUUUUUGCCAGCAAACACAACUUCUUCCUGUGAAUGGAGUAAGAAUAUUGCCCUCUGAGUUAAAUAAUUUCCCCAUAUUUGCUUGUUAACAAUUUUUUUGCCAUUUUCACAGAUGAAAGGUCUUAUUUUUUUCAUUAUUGUAACAUUUUUGUUGUAUAAUGGCAGGACAUUUUUGUUUUGUGCCUGUGGAAAAUGCUUUAUGUUUUCAUGAAAAACUAGCACAAUUUUUGAGAAAAACCUACAAAAUGUUUCACGUUUUAGUGAAACUGCACCAGCUUGUACUAUAUUCCUGGUGUGAGAAUCUUUUCACAAAACUCUAACCACAUGGGUGUGAAUCAUAUUGACUGAGGGAAAUGCUUCUCUCAGUUGUCCGCUGUUUCGUCAUUUUUCAACAGUCCAAUGUCAUAAAGCACUGAGGUCAACCAUGAUUCGUUGUGCUAUUCUAUACAAUUUUAUUCAUUUCAGUGUUCCAAACACUCGGUAUUUAACAUCAUACACGAGCAAUUAAAUUUGGAUUGAUUUUUUAGGAAAAUUUCUUCAGGGUAUAAGAGGUGGUUUUGUGGUCAUCUGUCAAUGAAAAGAACAAAUGAGAAUCUAAUCUAUAGUUGGUUUUCCCCAUUGCUUGUUUUUAGGGAUUGAAGGUCUGAUCUUGCAACCCUUACUCAUGAGAGUAACCCUUGUCCAGGAAGAGAUCACAUAAAGAGCGAUCAGCCAUUUCCAAACUCCAUAUACAGACAAAUAUUCCAUUACAACUAGUAAAAGUUAUUCCUAAAUUAAGAAUUUGGGAUUGAGCCCUAAAUCUGCUUUAGAUUUUCCAUCUGCUUCCCUUCUCACUAGCCUUUAUUUUACGUAUUCCUGCACAAAGAAAAAGAAAUGAUUCUGCUAUUUGUAAUUAUUUAUUACCCAUAUUUUGUCUUCUAAUUUUAUUUACUCACUUUUCAUUUUCAAAAGAGAACUGGUAAAAACAGAAAAUGACACCAUCACUUCAUGUCUUACUUAUAGUGUUUUAACUGUUAUGUACAAUGUAAAUAUAUUUUAAUUUCUUAUUGUAGCUGAUAUGGUUGUAACCUUAAAAUAUGGAUUAUUUUCAUAGUUUUGUCAAUCAUAUUUAUGUAUAAUGUAUAAUCCAUUUACCAUACGUUGCUGCUCCCACCUAGAGUGCAUUAGAAGUACAAUAGUAUGCUACUCAUUCACAGCCUCACAGGCCUUGCUGCUUUUACAGUAUGGCUCCUUUCCUCUUUUUAAAAAAAUAACUUUUUAAAAAUCAAUGUUCUGAAGUUGGUGGAGGCAGUGGGAUAUGAUGUGCAGCAUAUUCUUCCACUAUGAAAAGUGGUAACUAGUAGAAUGAAAACAAAAAAUAAUGGGGAAAGACUAUGAAAACACUUCCUCUACUAUUUUAAAUAUAUUUAUUGAUAAAUUAAUUUUGCUUUACUUUUACUUUAUUCCAGGUUCCCUGGAACAUUUAGCCUCUAUCUUCCUUCUCCUAUCUCCUUUAAUUUAGCUGUCUUUUCAGCAACACUUUGUGGCCUAACAUGCUACUUUCAGUUCACUUUGUAUUUUGAAAACUAACUUGGCAGUGUUAAACAGUUGCUAAUGUUGGCCUACAUCACCACCUUCCACAGAGAUACCUAUGGGAAGGAGAGCAUGAGAACAAAUUUUCUCCCAGAAUUCCAUGGGAGACAGGUGCAGGGUCUGCAUCUUGUGGAAUGAGUAUUGAUUUUAGCCCCAAACUCUGCUGAUUGCAAAGAAUCUACAAGAGGCAUGAAGGCCUGUGUUAGCUCUGAGGACCUAGUAACUUUUCCCCUUCCACUGCUUCCAGGAAGUGCAGCUCCACUGGAGACAGCUAUCGGGCUUUCCCCUGACCAUGCCUGCCCCUCUUACAGGAGUGUCACACUGUACAGAGGGUGUGUGCAUUUAGGUAGCAUAGCCCCAGGGUCUAUUAUCUUUUCUGGAUAAUGUCUCUGGGUAAUGUUCAUGGGAGGGUGAUGCACCCUUUCCCUCAGUCUUUCAACUUCUUCUCCAGCUUGCCAGUUCCUACUACCUCUCUCCUCCUUUUAGGUACCUGUCCCAAUAAACAGUGCGGCCUAGGGUUUGGGGAUAGCGUGUGGUGCCACAGAGGCAACCAACCGCUCCGUACAUACUGUACAGUACCACUUUACAUAACAGUUCAGUUAUAAGUAAUCUAGCCACCCCAUACCUCAGGGCUGGCUCUUAAAUCCUUCUGCUAGUGCUUCUCUAGCACUUAAGAGAGCUCAUGUUCCCCAUUUAGGGACUGAUGCAAAGCUCACUGAAGCCAAUGGAAGGAUGCCCACUGCUUUCAGUGAGCUUUGGAUAGGUCCUUAACAAGCAGAAUACACCAGAGACAACCUACAUAUGCAAAUUGGCACCGUAGUAUCAGCAGCUUGGACACUAAGGAAAAUGAACAUCACUUGAGUAAAGCAUUGUAAAGAACACAUUCAAUGUACUAUUAAUGAACUAGAAUAUGUCUGAUACCGAUUCAAAUGCUAAAAUAGCUGUUGCUACCUAUUAUUAAAAAUCUAGAUGAAAAAGUGCUUCCUUGCAACUUUCAUAUGCCCUCCAACAUUUGUGCUGGAAAUAAUCUGAAUUGUACUUUAAAAAAAAUAUUGUUCCAAUUAAAAUAGUUGUAAAUAUGUGA